GAGGGACCAAGCCUUUCUCCUGUCCAGGAGCGAGAUCUGAACUGCGCUGGGCGCCCGGAGCCCCGGUCCAGUCCUCAGCCCUCGCGGCCGCCGCCCAGUCCGCUGUUCCACCGCCAGGUGCAAAAUGCCGUGUCAUUGGGAGAGUCUGCGGCCGGAGCAUUGAAUUACAGCUUAGCCGAGACCGGGUAGGGCGGCGGGGGUGGAAGGGGAACAGAAGCCCCUGUUCUCCUCGGAGCACCCGCUGACAAGCGGGCUGAGCGCAGCCGGGGCGCGGACCGAGUGGAGCCCACUGGAGCAGCCCGGGACUGGCCUGUUCCUCUUUAAGAGCCGCUGCUCUGAGCCGGGAGCCAGUGAUCCAAGCCGCUCUCCCUGCGCCAGCUCUCUCCAGUGAGGGAACCCUCGAGCUGCGCCUCGACCGUCCCCGACCUUCCCCAGCCCUCUCCGCGCCCUGGGCGCACUGGGCCCGGACUCCCGCCGGUCAUGCUGAGGGUCUUCAUCCUCUACGCCGAGAACGUCCGCACCCCGGACUCCGACAUCAGCGAUGCCUACUGCUCUGCGGUGUUUGCAGGGGUGAAGAAGAGAACCAAAGUCAUCAAGAACAACGUGAACCCCGUGUGGAAUGAGGGCUUUGAGUGGGACCUCAAGGGUGUCCCCCUGGACCAGGGCUCCGAGCUUCAAGUGGUGGUCAAAGACCAUGAGACGAUGGGGAGGAACAGGUUCCUGGGGGAGGCCAACGUCCCACUCCGGGAGGUCCUUGCCACCCCCAGUCUGUCUGCCAGCUUCAAUGCCCCGCUGCUGGACACCAAGAAGCAGCCCACAGGGGCCUCACUGGUCCUGCAGGUGUCCUACACGCCUCUCCCUGGAACCAUGCCCACGUUCCCACCUUCGAUGCCUCUGGAACCCUCCCCGACUCUGCCUGACAUGGAUAUGGUGGCUGGUGGGGGACAGAGCCGGGCUGAGACUUGGUCCCUGCUCAGUGACAGCACCGUGGACACAAGAUACUCUGGAAAGAAGUGGCUGGCCCCCACGGACACAGGAGGAGAGGAGGAUACUGAGGACCAGGGGCUCACGGGAGACGAGGCCGAGCCAUUCCUGGACCAGAACGGGGCUCCGGGCCCAGGGGCCCCCAUCACCCCAAAGAAGCAACCUUCCCAUCCUCCCCCCUACCACCCCGGGGGAAGAAGGAAGAGAAGCACGCCCGCACCCAGAAAGCUGCUGUCGGACAAAUCGCAGGACUUCCAGAUCAGGGUCCAGGUGAUCGAGGGACGCCAGCUGCCGGGAGUGAACAUCAAGCCUGUGGUCAAGGUCACUGCAGCUGGGCAGACCAAGCGGACGCGGAUCCACAAGGGAAAUAGCCCCCUCUUCAACGAGACUCUUUUCUUCAAUGUGUUUGACUCUCCCGCGGAGCUGUUUGACGAACCCAUCUUUAUCACGGUGGUGGACUCCUGUUCCCUCCGGACAGAUGCUUUCCUUGGGGAGUUCCGGAUGGACGUGGGCAGCAUCUACCGAGAGCCCCGACAUGCUUAUCUCAGGAAGUGGCUGCUGCUUUCGGACCUGGAUGAUUUCUCUGCUGGGGCCAGAGGCUACCUGAAAGUGAGCCUUUGUGUGCUGGGGCCUGGAGACGAAGCCCCCCUGGAGAGAAAAGACCCCUCUGAAGACAAGGAGGACAUUGAAGGCAACCUGCUCAGGCCGACCGGCGUGGCCCUCCGCGGAGCGCACUUCUGCCUGAAGGUCUUCAGGGCCGAAGAUUUACCGCAGAUGGACGAUGCCGUAAUGGACAACGUGAAGCAGAUCUUUGGCUUUGAGAGUAACAAGAAGAACUUGGUGGAUCCCUUCGUGGAAGUCAGCUUUGCAGGGAAAAUGCUCUGCAGCAAGAUCCUGGAGAAGACGGCCAACCCUCAGUGGAACCAGAACAUCACGGUGCCUGCCAUGUUUCCCUCCAUGUGUGAGAAAAUGAGGAUUCGUGUCAUAGACUGGGACCGCCUCACCCACAACGACAUUGUGGCCACCACCUACCUGAGUAUGUCGAAAAUCUCUGCCUCUGGAGGAGAAAUAGAAGAGGAGCCUGCAGGUGUGGUCACGCCUCUUCCAGCCAGAGACCUGGAUGACCAUCUGGGCUUCCUCCCCACCUUCGGGCCCUGCUAUGUCAACCUCUACGGCAGCCCCAGGGAGUUCACUGGCUUCCCGGACCCCUAUGCAGAGCUCAACACGGGCAAGGGGGAAGGUGUGGCCUACCGAGGCCGGCUUCUGCUCUCCCUGGAGACCAAGCUGGUGGAGCAUAGCGAACAGAAGGUGGAAGAUCUCCCUGCGGAUGACAUCCUUCGGGUGGAGAAAUACCUCCGGAGGCGCAAAUACUCGCUCUUUGCCGCCUUCUACUCGGCCACCAUGUUGCAGGACGUUGACGACGCAGUCCAGUUUGAGGUCAGCAUCGGGAACUACGGGAACAAGUUCGACACGACCUGCCUGCCACUGGCCUCCACCACCCAGUACAGCCGGGCGGUCUUUGAUGGAUGCCACUACUACUACUUACCCUGGGGCAACGUGAAGCCCGUGGUGGUGCUGUCAUCCUACUGGGAGGACAUCAGCCACAGAGUCGAGGCUCAGAACCAGCUGCUUAGGAUCGCCGACCGGCUGGAAGCCGGCCUGGAGCAGGUCCACUUGGCCCUGAAGGCGCAGCGCUCUGCCGAGGAUGUGGACUCCCUGGUGGCUCGGUUGAUGGAUGAGCUCAUCGCAGGCUGCAGCCAACCCCUGGGUAAUGUCCAAGAGACGCCCUCCGCCACCCACCUGGACCACUACCUGUACCACCUGCGCACCCGUCACCUGAGCCAGAUCACUGAGGCGGCCCAGGCCCUGAAGCUCGGCCACAGUGAACUCCCCACCGCCCUGGAGCAGGCUGAGGACUGGCUCCUGCGUCUCCGUGCCCUGGCAGAUGAGCCCCAGAACAGCCUGCCUGACAUCGUCAUCUGGAUGCUGCAGGGUGACAAGCGGGUGGCGUACCAGCGGGUGCCCGCCCAUGAGGUCCUCUUCUCCCGACGGGGCACCAGCUACUGUGGCAAGAAUUGUGGAAAGCUGCAGACGAUGUUUCUGAAAUAUCCAACGGAGGGGGUGCCCGGAGCCCGGAUGCCAGUGCAGAUUCGGGUCAGGCUGUGGUUCGGGCUCUCUGUGGAUGAAAAGGAGUUCAACCAGUUUGCUGAGGGCAAGCUCUCCGUCUUUGCUGAAACCUAUGAGAACCAGACCAAGCUGGCUCUGGUCGGGAACUGGGGCACAACGGGCCUCACCUACCCCAAAUUUUCUGACGUCACGGGCAAGAUCAAGCUACCCAAGGACAGCUUCCGCCCCUCAGCUGGCUGGGCCUGGGCUGGAGACUGGUUUGUGUGUCCAGAGAAGACCCUGCUUCAUGACACCGAUGCGGGCCACCUGAGCUUCGUGGAAGAGGUGUUUGAGAACCAGACCCGGCUCCCUGGAGGCCAGUGGAUCUACAUGAGCGACAACUACACGGACGUGAACGGGGAGAAGGUGCUUCCCAAGGAUGACAUCGAGUGCCCGCUGGGCUGGAAGUGGGAAGAUGAAGAGUGGUCCACGGACCUCAAUCGGGCCGUUGACGAACAAGGCUGGGAGUACAGCAUCACCAUCCCCCCGGACCGGAAGCCGAGGCACUGGGUCCCUGCGGAGAAGAUGUACUACACGCACCGUCGUCGGCGCUGGGUCCGCCUGCGCAGGAGGGACCUCAGCCAGAUGGAGGCGCUGAAGAGGCACAGGCAGGCAGAGGCGGAGGGUGAGGGCUGGGAGUACGCCUCGCUCUUUGGCUGGAAGUUCCACCUGGAGUACCGCAAGACAGACGCCUUUCGCCGCCGCCGCUGGCGCCGCCGCAUGGAACCACUGGAGAAGACGGGGCCUGCAGCUGUGUUUGCCCUCGAGGGGGCCCUGGGCGGCGUGGUGGACGACAGGAGUGAAGAUUCCAAGUCUGUCUCCACCUUGAGCUUUGGCGUGAACAGACCCACGAUUUCCUGCAUCUUUGACUACGGGAACCGCUACCAUCUACGCUGCUACAUGUACCAGGCCCGGGAUCUGCCUGCGAUGGACAAAGACUCCUUUUCUGAUCCCUACGCAAUCGUCUCCUUCCUGCACCAGAGCCAGAAGACGGUGGUGGUGAAGAACACCCUGAACCCCACCUGGGACCAGACACUCAUCUUCUACGAGAUCGAGAUCUUCGGGGAGCUGGCCAGCAUCGCCGAGCAGCCGGCCAGCAUCGUGGUGGAGCUGUACGACCACGACACCUAUGGUGCAGAUGAGUUUAUGGGACGCUGCAUCUGUCAGCCGAGUCUGGAACGGAUGCCCCGGCUGGCCUGGUUCCCGCUGACUAGGGGCAACCAGCCGGCGGGUGAGCUGCUGGCCUCUUUUGAGCUCAUCCAGAGAGAGAAGCCGGCCAUCCACCAUAUUCCUGGUUUUGAGGUGCAGGAUACAUCAGGGAUCCUGGAAGAGCUGUGUGCACCCGCCGUCUUCCUCCAGGGCCUCCUGCAAACGUCGGAGGACACGGACCUACCCUACCCGCCACCCCAGAGGGAGGCCAACAUCUACAUGGUCCCCCAGAACAUCAAGCCGGUUCUCCAGCGAACCGCCAUCGAGAUCCUGGCGUGGGGCCUUCGGAACAUGAAGAGCUACCAGCUGGCCAGCGUGUCCUCCCCCAGCCUGGUGGUGGAGUGCGGGGGCCAGAGCGUGCAGUCCUGUGUCAUCAAGAACCUCCGGAAGAACCCCAACUUUGACAUCUGCACCCUCUUCAUGGAAGUGAUGCUGCCCAGGGAGGAGCUCUACUGUCCCCCCGUCGUGAUCAAGGUAAUUGAUAAUCGCCAGUUUGGCCGCCGGCCUGUGGUGGGCCAGUGUACCAUCCGCUCCCUGGAGAGCUUCCUGUGCGACCCUUACUCAGAGGAGAGUCCGUCCCCACAGGGCGGCCCAGAUGACGUGAGCUUACUCAGUCCUGGGGAAGAUGUGCUGAUUGACAUCGACGACCAGGAGCCCCUCAUCCCCAUCCAGGAGGAGGAGUUCAUUGAUUGGUGGAGCAAAUUCUUUGCCUCGAUAGGGGAGAGGGAAAAGUGCGGGUCCUACCUGGAGAAGGACUUUGACACUCUAAAGGUCUAUGACACAGCACUGGAGAAUGUGAAGGACUUUGAGGGCCUGUCUGACUUUUGUAACACCUUCAAGCUCUACCGGGGCAAGACUCAGGAGGAGAUGGAAGACCCAUCUGUCAUUGGGGAGUUUAAGGGCCUCUUCAAAAUUUAUCCCCUCCCAGAAGACCCGGCCAUCCCCAUUCCCCCAAGACAGUUCCACCAGCUGGCUUCCCAAGGGCCCCAGGAAUGCCUGGUCCGCAUCUACAUUAUCCGAGCAUUUGGCCUGCAACCCAAGGACCCCAAUGGGAAGUGUGAUCCUUACAUCAGGAUCUCCAUAGGGAAGAAGUCGGUGAGUGACCAGGACAACUACAUCCCCUGUACUCUGGAGCCUGUGUUUGGAAAGAUGUUCGAGCUGACCUGCACUCUGCCUCUGGAGAAGGACCUGAAGGUUACCCUCUAUGACUACGACCUCCUCUCCAAAGACGAAAAGAUCGGGGAGACGGUUAUCGACCUGGAGAACAGGCUGCUGUCCAAGUUUGGGGCUCGCUGCGGACUCCCCCAGACCUACUGCAUCUCUGGACCCAACCAGUGGAGGGAUCAGCUCCAUCCUUCCCAGCUCCUCCACCUGUUCUGCCAGCAGCACAGAGUCAAGGCCCCCGUGUACCGGACAGACCGUGUAGUGUUUCAGGAUAAAGAAUACACCAUCGAAGAAAUAGAGGCUGGCAGGGUCCCGAACCCACACCUGGGCCCAGUGGAGGAACGUCUGGCCUUGCAUGUCCUGCAGCAGCAGGGCCUGGUCCCUGAGCACGUGGAGUCCCGGCCCCUCUAUAGUCCCCUGCAGCCGGACAUCGAGCAGGGGAAGCUGCAGAUGUGGAUCGACCUGUUUCCGAAGGCCCUGGGGCGGCCGGGACCUCCCUUCAACAUCACCCCGCGGAGAGCCAGAAGGUUUUUCCUGCGUUGUAUUAUUUGGAACACCAAGGAUGUGAUCCUGGACGACCUCAGCAUCACCGGGGAGAAGAUGAGCGACAUUUACGUGAAAGGUUGGAUGGUUGGCUUUGAAGAACACAAGCAGAAGACAGAUGUGCAUUAUCGGUCCCUGGGAGGUGAAGGCAACUUUAACUGGAGGUUCAUUUUCCCUUUUGACUACCUGCCAGCUGAGCAAGUCUGCACUGUCUCCAAGAAGGAUGCUUUCUGGAGUCUGGACAAGACAGAGAGCAAGAUCCGCGCCCGAGUGGUAUUCCAGAUCUGGGACAACGACAAGUUCUCCUUUGAUGACUUUCUGGGCUCUUUGCAGCUGGACCUCAACCGCAUGCCCAAGCCUGCCAAGACAGCUGAGAAGUGUUCCUUGGACCAGCUGGAUGACACUUUCCACCCGGAGUGGUUUGUGUCCCUUUUUGAACAGAAAACAGUGAAGGGCUGGUGGCCCUGUGUGGCGGAUGAGGGUGAGAAGAAGAUACUGGCGGGCAAGUUGGAGAUGACUUUGGAGAUUGUAGCCGAGAGUGAACAUGAGGAGCGGCCGGCCGGCCAGGGCCGGGAUGAGCCCAACAUGAACCCCAAGCUCGAGGACCCAAGGCGCCCUGACACCUCCUUCCUCUGGUUCACCUCCCCGUACAAGACUAUGAAGUUCAUCCUCUGGCGGCGGUUCCGGUGCGCCAUCGUCCUCUUCAUCAUUCUCUUCAUUCUCCUGCUGUUCUUGGGCAUCUUCGUCUACUCCUUCCCGAACUAUACUGCCAUGAAGCUGGUGAAGCCGUUCAGCUGAGGACCCUCGGGCCCAGGACUGGCUGCCUCCUCUGCCCUGCUCAGCCGGGUGUCUCCAGAUGUCCAGGCCUCACCGUCCUGCCAGGGUGGGCAGCCAGAGAGAGGGACUGGCACGUGCUCCAAGUGUUGGCGACAUCGAGCCCUGCGGUCACCCCGCUUUCAUCAUUUCUUUCUCCCCCAACCCAACCCUUUUGGGGAUCAGCCCAUGUGUAUUUCAGUAUAAAACAGUUUUAACCACAAA